GCUGCAGGGGAGCUUUACGACUUCUUGAUGGCUACUUCUUCGCUGUCAGCUACAGGCUAUCUGGGAGAGGUGUAGAUGGGGUCGGACCUCCCCGGCGACAGGGUUUGAGUGAGUCACGGGCUGGCCGAGGAUUUGAGUCGGUGGGGUCUGGUGGGCCGGUGCGUGGCCGACUAAACCUGACCGUGCGAUGUCCCGAGUCACCUACCUGCGACCUUCUUUCAAACCGAGACGAUCCUGUUCCGCCUUCCUCCUAGCAGUUUCUUAGAGAGGGUUCUCUGCUACCAAUGCGAAUGUCAGUGAGAUGACUCUUCAGGAACUGGUGCGUCAGGCCGCCUCCCUUUAUUUGGACAGGAUAGCGGUGUGUUUCGAUGAGUGCAACAACCAGCCUCCAGCUUAUUAUACCUACAAGACCGUGAUUAAUGCUGCAUCAGAAUUAUCAAAUUUUUUGCUAUCACACUGUGACUUUCAAGGAAUUCGGGAAAUUGGUCUCUACUGCCAGCCUGGGAUAAACUUGCCCUGUUGGAUUUUAGGAAUUCUCCAAGUCCCUGCUGCUUAUGCACCUAUUGAUCCAGACUCGCCACCAUCUUUAUCAACUCAUUUUAUGAAAAAGUGUAAUCUGAAGUAUGUCCUUGUUGAGAAAAAGCAAGUUAACAAAUUCAGAUCUUCCCAUGAAACAUCCUUGAGCUAUGAUACACAUACAGUAGAGCACAGGGACCUGGUACUCUUCAGACUCCACUGGGAAAAUGGUGAGGUGGACCUGAUGCUAAGGGAUGGAAAGGAGAAAUACGAAAAAGAAAAAAGAGAAAGUGGCAUGAGUUCUGAGAACUGCAACGAAGAACAGGCAGGACUCAUGGACCUGAGGCUGAAGCAUUGCCUAGCCUACGUUCUGCAUACGUCGGGGACCACAGGGACACCGAAAGUCGUCAGAGUGCCUCAUGCAUGUAUCCUACCAAACAUUCAGCAUUUUCGGGUGCUUUUUGACAUCACACAGGAAGAUGUUUUGUUUCUGGCUUCACCCCUGACCUUUGACCCUUCUGUCGUGGAAAUCUUUGUUGCCCUGUCAAGCGGGGCCUCUCUGCUCAUUGUACCUGCUGCUGUCAAAGUGCGCCCAUCGGAAUUAGCUGCCGUUCUCUUUUCCCAUCACAGAGUGACUGUUUUGCAGGCAACACCAACAUUGUUGAGAAGGUUUGGAUCCCAGCUUCUCAAGUCCACGGUUUUAUCAGCCAGUACUUCCCUCCGAGUACUGGCCCUUGGGGGUGAGGCAUUUCCAUCACUGACUGUUCUCAAAAGCUGGAGAGCAGAAGGCAAUAGAACACAAAUAUUUAAUCUUUACGGGAUCACGGAGGUGUCAAGCUGGGCAACCUUCUACAGAAUUCCAGAGAAGAUUCUUAACUCCACUGCAGAAUGUGAACUACCUGUACAACUGGGAUUUCCACUGCUAGGAACAGUCAUUGAAAUCAGAGACACCAAUGGUUUCACAGUUGAAGAAGGCAACGGACAAGUAUUUUUAGGUGGGAGAAACAGAGUGUGCUUUCUUGAUGAUGAAAUGACAGUACCACUUGGCACAAUGCGGGCCACUGGAGACUUUGUGACCGUGAAAGAUGGAGAGAUAUUUUUCUUGGGACGAAAGGACAGUCAGAUCAAACGACAUGGCAAACGCCUUAACAUUGAACUUGUGCAACAGGCUGCUGAAAAACUUCAGCAAGUAGAGUCUUGUGCAGUUACAUGGUAUAAGCAGGAAAAAUUGAUUCUCUUCCUGGUGCCCAAAGAUGAUUUAGUAAAGGAGCAUGUCUUCAGAGAACUACAGAAACAGCUGCCAGGACAUGCAAUCCCAGACGAGCUGGUGCUGCUCAGUACUCUGCCAUUUACAUCCCACGGCAAAAUUGAUGUUUCUGAGUUAAACAAUAUAUAUUUAAACUACGUAAACUUGAAGUCUGAGAAUAAGCUCAAUGGAAAAGAGGAACUUUGGGAAAAAUUACAGCAUUUGUGGAAGUCUGUCCUGAGUCUCUCAGAUCUGUCAAAGGUUCCUGGUGAGUCGCUUUUCUUGAAUAGCGGUGGAGAUUCCUUAAAGUCCAUACGGCUCCUCAGUGAGAUUGAGAAACUCGUGGGCACAUCAGUACCUGGGCUUCUGGACGUGAUUCUCAGCAGGUCCAUUUCAGAGAUAUACAGUCACAUCCUCCCAGUGGCGUUUCCAGACGAAGACCUUUUUUUUCCUGCCCCAAAGAGGAAGCUCAGCGAUGCCCAGCAGGAGGAAGACGGUGGAAGAGCUUCACAUCAGAAAUCUCCUGUGCCUUUAAAUUGUAGCAUCGGGACAAAUGGUUUUAUUGCACUGAGCAGAGGGAGUCAGAUUUUGUCUCUGAAUACCAGCAGGUUUUUAGCUAAGCUAGGGUAUGGCCCUUCAGACUCCUCUUCGGAUUCAGUUUCAGGGGCUAACAUUCAAACAUUGAACAACUUAAAUCCUCCAGCACUUACUGAGAGCUCAAAAGAUCUGUCCUGUGUUACAAAAGUUUCUGAAGAGGAGAAACCUGCGACAGGGCCUGGGAAAAUGGAACUGCGUGUGAGGUGGAAGUCAGACACAGGGAAGUGUGUUGACGCGUCCCCGCUGGUCGUCGUGCCGGCUGCUGAGAAGUCAUCUGCCAUGGUUUACGUCGGCUCCCAUUCUCACAGGAUGAAGGCAGUUGACCUGUACUCUGGGGAGGUGAAAUGGGAACAGACCUUGGGAGAUCGAAUUGAGUCUUCGGCUUGUGUAUCGAAGUGUGGAAACUUUAUCGUAGUGGGUAAGUUUCUAAAUUUGAGAUUUGUAGACUUAAAGUGAAUUACAUAUAAUAAUGCUGGUAUGACCAAGUUAAAAAGAAACCUAUGGGGACUAGCAAGUGGUGUGGU